AUGGAGAGAGUGGGUGUGGCCAUGUUGUUGUUCAUUCUUUUUGUAGUUAUCCUAACUUGCAUCGUUUUUAUCAUCUUCGUAUGCCUUAUUCGUAACAACCACAUUGUAUUAAGGCUUUUUACAAACGGGCAUAGGCCCCCUGACGCGCUGCCGCCACCUGCUGUGUUGUGUGAGACCAGGCGACUUCGGGCGCUUGGGGGAGGAGUGAACGGAGCGGUUUUGAUAGGGGAUGAAAACAGGCAGUUGCUUAGCACCCUGGACAUUCCACUCACCCCGGUGCCUUCCCUAUGCGAAGACUGUAAGGAACUGUGCCGUAGUAGCUCUAACUGUUCUACGUUAGAUAUUGCCAACAACGACGGAUGCCUCGCAACUCGCGAGUGCGCGAAGGAGAGUGCCGUGUUGGGUGCCCAUGACUACGGCAAAUGCCAACUGGGUUACUCCAAAAGGGUUCGCGACCUGUCAACUGAUCGUGUGUUUGAGCUGUACGUUAGCCGGCAGCUUUUGAUUGCUUGCAGCACCGUCGUGCAUAUGGGUUCGGGUGAGGAGACAAGCAGAGUACAUUACAGUGCGGUGGGAGGGGAACUGCCCACGAACGCUUCUGCGUGGAUGUCUAUCGAUUGA